AUGAAUUCCACCUUGCUGUCUACGCCAGAAUCAUACUGGGGCCAGUUUGAAGAAAUCUCCAAAUACAAUACUCAUCUGAACGUGGUCGAAAGACUAUGGACAGCAUGGUAUGCCUGGAUGCAAAAUGACGUUCUUGCAACUGGAAUCAUGUCUUUUGUAAUGCACGAAAUUGUAUAUUUCGGGCGUUCCCUCCCUUGGAUCUUUAUAGACACUCUCGGUUUGUUCAAGAACUACAAGAUACAAAGCAGCAAGAUACCAUCCUUACGAGAGCAAUGGGAUUGUGCUAGAUUUGUGCUACUCAGCCAUUUUACCGUGGAGCUGCCACAAAUAUGGCUUUUCCACCCGAUGGCCCAGUUUUUCGGCCUCUCCACCUCUGUACCUUUUCCCUCUUUGUGGACCAUGGCUUAUCAAAUAGCGAUAUUCUUUGUCCUGGAAGACACGUGGCAUUACUUUUCCCACCGUGCUCUCCAUUGGGGUCCACUGUAUAAAGCCAUCCACAAGAUUCACCAUCAAUAUUCCGCACCUUUCGGUAUGGCAGCUGAAUAUGCUUCUCCAAUUGAAGUCAUGAUUCUUGGAUUUGGUACUGUUGGUUGCCCAAUUCUAUGGUGUGCAGUAACCGGCGAUCUGCAUAUUUUUACGAUGUACAUCUGGAUCGUCUUGCGGCUUUUCCAGGCCAUUGAUGCGCACAGUGGCUAUGAGUUUCCAUGGAGUCUUCAUCACUUCCUCCCUUUCUGGGCUGGCGCAGACCACCAUGAUCUCCACCACGAGAAGUUUGUAGGAAAUUAUUCCAGCAGCUUCAGGUGGUGGGAUUAUCUUCUGGACACCGAAUACUCCCCGGAGGCUAUCAAGAGGAGAAGGGAAAACAAGUCUGUGAAGGAUACCAAGAAGGCUCAGUGA